AUGUCCCUGGGGGAUUUCUUGGUCGAUCAAUCUCUCGGCUCCUGGGCUGAUGAGAUGGAAGACAUGCCCGUAGGCAGCGGACCAGCCGCCAGCUCCGCUUAUGGCUCGGACAGGCGUGGUUUCGGCUCUGGAGGAGGUUUCAACUCUGACCGUGGAUACGAGCGCAACGAUCGCGGCUUCGCUAUCCAGCCCCGUGAGGAGCUCCCUCUUCCCACAAGGCCUCCCUAUACAGCCCAUCUCGGAAACUUGUCUUUCGAUGCCACUGAAGGCGAUGUGACGGACUUCUUCACUGGCUGCGAAGUCACCAGUGUCCGCAUUGUGGAGGACAAGCUCGAGAGGAAGCCGAAAGGCUUCGGCUACGUCGAGUUCGCCUCCCUCGACGGCCUGAAGAAGGCUCUGGCUCUCUCGGGCACGCAGUUCCAGGGUAGAAAUAUCCGGAUCAGCGUCGCUGAGCCGCCGAAAGAUCGUCCGGAACAAAAGGACAUGUCGGACUGGACUCGAAAGGGUCCUCUCCCUGACCUUCCAGGACGCCGUACUUCCGAGAACCGUAGCGGUGGCUAUCGCGGUGGUUUUGAGGACCGAUCUGAUAUGGGCAGCGAGGCUGGAGGACGAAGACGCGGAGGCUUCGAAAAUGAUGGAAAGGUUCGCGACUUUGGUAACUGGGAGCGGAAAGGGCCUCUUUCGCCGGUUGCUGGCGCUGGACCCUUUCGUGAAGGCCGCCAGCGAACCCAUGAAGGGCCGUUCGUUGAGCGCAGGAGAUCGCCCGCUUGGGGAGAGGGCCGGUCUCAGGAUGGUUCUCGCCCUCCGCGCCGUGAAUUUCAGGAGCGUCCUGAACGUCAGCCCACAGCCGCCGAACUUGAUAAUCAGUGGCGGGCGAGGAUGCGGCCUGAAGUACCUGCUAAAUCCCCCUCUGGCACUCCAGAGACCAGCGUUCCGUCGUCCCCUGUCCCACAGCCCGCAGCCCCGGCUACCCGUCCCAAGCUGAAUCUUGCAAAGCGGACCGUCUCGGAAUCCGAUCCUGCUCCUGUCUCCUCCUCUUCCGACUCCAAGUCGAAUCCCUUUGGCGCUGCCCGCCCUAUCGACACUGCUGCACGCGAGCGUGAGGUUGAGGAGAAGAGACAAGCGCUUCUUCGGGCAAAGAGAGAAGCGGAAGAGAAAGCUCGCGAGGAAAAGAAGGCCAAAGAGCUUGCUGAGAAAGCUGCGGCAAAGGAGAAGUCGGCUGUACCGGCGACCCCAACUACCGAGAAAUCAAAGGAGUCGAACACCGAAGAGAAGCCCGCCUCCCGUAACUACGAAAUCCUUCGCCGCGCAGGAGAUGAAGGAGCUGAGCCCACUGAAGGAGAUGCGCCAGUUGACGCCUCUGCCAACGGCAAUAUCGUCCAGGACAAGGCGGUUAAGCCCAAUGAAGUCGUUCGGGAACCUAGCAAGACCGAGGGUUCCUGGAGGCGGAAGUCCAAUGAUACCCCUGCUCCUGCUGGAUCGACAACUGAAAAUCUAGAGGAAGAGGGAUGGAGUACGGUCCCGGCCAAGAGCAACAAGUACAAGGGACGCGGCCGUGCGAUUGCUUCGUAA